AUGGACGCAUCGCCCGUUGGAAUUGGAGCUGUGUUGGAGCAGAAUCGUCAUCCGGUGCUGUGCAUCUCAAGCAGACUCACGGCUGCCGAACGUGGAGAUUCCCAAACUCAACGAGAAGCUCUAGCUGUCUAUUGGGCAGUCACGCGUAUGCACAAGUAUCUUUGUGGUACUCAUUUCACUAUUGCGAGUGAUCAUGAAGCCCUGCAGUUCAUUUAA